AUGAAAGAAAUUAUUGACGUCUCUUCGAGUUUUUGCGCUGAAACGACUACAAUGAAAUGUAAUGCAAAGAAAAAAAUGGAAGAUAAUGAAGAAUGUCAAAAUGUAACAAAUGAAAACAAUGCGAACAAACGACAAAAUGAUUUACACGAAAAAUGUAAAUCACAAUUGAAAUUUUACGAAGAAUACGUCAACGAAUUAGAGUGCCGCUUAAAGGGAUUUAUCGAGUAUAUGAUAGAAGGACAGCGAUCGGAUCAGAAACACAUAAAGAAGGAAAUUUACCUCAAAUCGACGAUAGAAAAAAUAAAAAGGAAAGAGUGCUAUUACAGGGCCAUAGUACAAAAGCUGUCGGAAAAAUUGGAUUACUCGAGGAAAAAAUCGGAAGAACGUCAAAAGUGGAUCGACGGAGUGGUGUCUAAAGCCGAGCAACUGAGGUGUGUUGCCGAAGAAAACGCGACGAAUUCAGCGGAGCUGGCAAAAACGUUAUCUUCGUUCGCGGUCGAUCUGUCAGUGUCCAACCGGCUUCAGUACCCGGAAGCGGUGACGGAGGAGGCGUGCGACGACCAAAACAGGGUGGCAAAUCCGUCCGGAUCUUCCGAGAUUGUAGACAAUGGUACUUCCGGCUACAGUCAGCGUACAGGGAUUGCGGAGGUCUCGGCGGCAGUCGUCGACGAAACUUUUCUACGACCGAUCUCGCAAAGCACGCCUAUAAGGGACCUCCCUUGUCGCCGCAACUGCCGGUACAGCAUUUCGACAGGUGACGACUCCAACGAUGACUCUGAAGACGAUGACGACGAAGAGGAUGAUCUUCCGUCGGUUUGCUUCAAAACGGCCGCCGCCGUCAAAUGCGGACCACCUGAAAACGAAGAACCGAGUCGCCGAUGUUCUAAACUUUUCCUGAGGUCGCGGAAGAGCACCGACGUGAACAACAGCGGGACGGAAACGGAACGAUGUGUUGGUGGAUCGAAGCUCACCAAAAGAACGCUGGAAACGGUAGAAAUGUGUCCGGCGAACUGCGUCUGCUGCUGCAACCGACUGAACUCCAAGAAACACCAAUCAUAA